GCGACGCCCAAUAUUUUAUUCAUGUUUUGAUAUAAAAAUUGCAAAAUCGGGAUGAAAUUCCCUUGCUCUGUCGAUUCGUUUUGAAGGGUUUUUCCCACCUUUUUCGCGAUUUUUCACACGAUGCCAAUCAUUGCAAGAUUCACAGCAUCUUGCACCGCAUAUCGAGCAGACACAAUGGCGGCGCAUUCGUUCCCUGGGCCGACGACGCUUGUUUCGACGGGCCCUCGUCCUUCCUUCCUCAUCUCGCAGCUCGCCGACUCGUCGCCGCUCAAAUCGACGCUCGAGGCUUGCUUGAACACCCCGAUGGUGCCCAACUCGUUUGCGUUCGCUCAUCGUGGUGCCCCGUUGCAGUUCCCUGAACACACGCGUGAGUCUGCCAUAGCCGCGGCACGUCUCGGCGCUGGGACGAUCGAAUGCGACGUGACCUUCACCAAGGACAAGGAGCUCGUGUGUCGCCACGCCCAGAACGAUCUCCACUACACGACCAACAUCUUGUUGACACCGCUGGCAGCCAAGUGCACGACGCCGUUUACGCCGUACAACCCGGACACGAACGAACCGGCGACAGCGGAAUGCCGGACGUCCGAUUUGACGCUGGCCGAGUGGAAGACACUGCGGGGGAAGAUGGAGGGCUUCAACCCCAAGGCCCGCACCGUCGACGAGUUCGUCGACACUGGCACGCCUGGCUUUCGCACGAAUCUGUACGCUGGCGCCACGAGUGGCACCGUCAUGACGUUGGCCGACUCGAUUCGGUUGUACGAACACCUGGGGGUGCGCCACACCCCUGAAGCCAAGGCGUUUGCCGGAGCGGUCGAAUGGACGCGGGCCGCCUUUGUCCAGAAGAUUCUGGACACGUACAAGUCAUUCCAUGUCGAUCCCAGCCGAGUCUUCUUCCAGUCGUUCUUCCUCGACGACAUCUUGUACGUCGCCAAGAACGAGCCGUCGUUUGCCGCCACCGCUGUGUACUUGGACAGCAUGACGACCAUGGCGGAUGCACCGACAUCGGCCAACUUUUCCGACUGGCUCGACCGCGGCGUUCGGAUCUGGGCGCCGCCGCUGUUUGCUCUUCUAGACGUUCAACAGAACAAGCUCGUGGCAUCGAAAGUUGGCAUGGACGCGCGGCAUGCCGGCCUCGACAUCGUUGCGUGGUCCCUGGAACGCCAAGGAAUCCUCGCCAACUCGAACGACGCGUGGUAUUAUCAAACCGUGCUGCCCUACAUCAAAAACGAAGGCUUUGCACUGGAGGCGAUUCAAGUGUUUGUCCAGGAGCUGCAACUGCUCGGGCUUUUUUCCGACUGGGCGGCGGCGCCCGUGUUUUACGCCAACUGCGUUGGCUACGGGCAUAAUCCGGUCGUGGCACACUCUGCCCAUGAUCGCUCGGGACUCCGCUCGUCGGGUGGGGCAGCUCUCGAACCAACAAACGUGUGGUUGCCAGCGCUGCUUGUCGUCGCCGGGGUUGGCGCUGUCGUGUGGAAGGGCCUGGAUGACCGACGGCGAAGAAGGACCCCCCACUCGUUUGAGAAUUCCACAGCCCCGCUGAUCGCGCGAGCCGAAAACACUCGCGAAGAUUGAACGUUUCGUUGAAUGUGGUGUGAUGCAGCACACGAGGCUCCAUGGUGGACAGAAUGGAUGGCUGGCAAGCCUCCUCCAGCUGCGUAUCACGUGGUAUGUCGGGUGGUCGUGGAUGCUGGACGAGUGGUCGUCACAAGCGUUGAAAUCACAACAACGCUCCAUUUCGUCCAAAAUCGCAAUGCAAUUCGAUGGUUGGAUGGACUCGUCAGCACGAGCAACUUUGAUGAUGGUGAUGCUGCGCCAUGCACGAGAAGGAGCAUGCUCGCUCGUGUCGACCCAUGGCGAGGUUGCGCACGGCCAUCGUAAAGCUCAAAAGUUGGAGUUCGUGCGGUCUAAAGCAGCGCGGCCAGGACGUUGCCCUGCUAUGCAAGGCAACGUCGACAUCGCAUGCAGGUUUCCACACUGGAAGGAGGUGAGAGCAGUCGCUCGGACGCCGCCUUCACGUUCCGAAUCGAACCAGCGACGGAUAGUGAACCGUGUGCCUUGGUUGCGUCAACAUUGUAGUAUGUGGUCUCAGUCUGAGGCGCGAUUUCCAGGGCCGAGUCGCACGAGUCGGUCAGAUCGCGGGUGCAGGAUGGCUCACCCUGAUCGUGGUACCACAUACCGCAGCAGUCGUGGGCAAAUCUACGUCGAGGGACAAAUUCGGACUUCGAGAUCUGCGUCGCAUGCGAUCGGGGUCACGUGCUGCUGGAUUAUCCAACGCUGUGAAAGGUCUUGUCCGUGGGUCGUGCGGAUCAGCCACGCUGGUGUCAGUUGUGUGUUCGCAAGGUUGCACAGAUUGUCUCUUUGCAUUCGACGACGACGGGGAGCUCCAAGUGCCUUUCGACAACAUUCAUCUUUCCGCGACAUCCGGCAAGGUCACGCACGGUGACUCGGGAGCUGGCGCCGAUGCCGCCGUGGGUUGUGGUGCGGCACAAGUUGUUCCUCGAUGA